GUGCGGUAAGGAAAAUCCGGUAGUGACGUCAGUUCCAGGUGGGAGUUAAGAAAUGUGGCCUUAGAUUGUAGUGAACGGGAAGAGACCGAGGUAGCGGCUAAACACGUUUGAAGCUCGGCUCACCAACUUAGCUUCACCUGAUUCCGUCACAUUUCUCAUCUGCGAAUAUGGCCGAUGUCGAGCAGGGACCGGCGCUGGCGAACGACGCGCUGUCGCUGGAUGGCCUCAACACCACAGUUUCCAACGGCACCGACGCCGUGAACGCCACGGCGGCCAAGUUCGUCUCGUCUCCAGAGGGCCCCGCGCUAGCAUACGGUAGCCUGGUCUUCAUGGCGCUGCUUCCCAUCUUCUUCGGCGCUCUUCGGUCCAUUAGCUGCGCCAAAAGCAAGAAUUCCGCAGACAUGCCGGAGACCAUCACUAGCCGUGAUGCGGCGCGCUUCCCCAUCAUCGCCAGCUGCACGCUCUUUGGAUUAUAUCUCUUCUUCAAGGUUUUCUCUCAAGAAUACAUCAACCUGCUACUCUCCAUGUACUUCUUCGUGCUGGGCAUUUUGGCACUGUCUCACACUAUGAGUCCUUUCAUGAACCGUGUAUUUCCAGCCAACCUGCCGAACAGACAGUACCAGCUGCUCUUCACGCAGGGAUCAGGGGAGGGCAGGGAGGAAAUCGUCAAUUACGAGUUUGACACGAAAGACUUGGUGUGUCUGUGCAUCAGCACGGUGGUGGGAAUCUGGUAUAUCCUCACAAAGCACUGGGUGGCCAACAACCUGUUUGGGCUGGCGUUCGCGCUGAACGGUGUGGAGCUGCUGCAUCUGAACAACGUGAGCACAGGCUGCAUCCUACUAGGCGGCCUCUUCAUCUAUGACGUGUUCUGGGUUUUCGGGACCAACGUUAUGGUAACAGUGGCCAAGUCAUUUGAGGCGCCGAUAAAGUUGGUGUUCCCACAGGACCUGCUGGAGAAGGGUCUGGAAGCGAACAAUUUCGCCAUGCUGGGUCUCGGUGACAUCGUCAUCCCAGGUAUCUUCAUUGCGUUACUUCUGCGGUUCGACGUUAGCCUGAGGAAAGACUCCCGCACCUAUUUCUACACCAGCUUCCUGGCCUAUAUCUUCGGCCUGGGACUCACCAUAUUUGUGAUGCACACCUUCAAGCACGCCCAGCCUGCCCUGCUCUACCUGGUCCCAGCAUGCAUUGGGUUUCCAGUGGUGGUGGCACUAGUGAAAGGAGAGCUCACGGAGAUGUUCAGGUACGAAGAAUCCCUGUCAGAGGCAGAUCCUGCCCUCAAGGAUGAGGCAGAGGCCGAGAAGAAGGAACAGUAACCAGCAGGUCCCCCCCCCACCUCAUACCCAAUCCCCACCUCUGCAUUUCACGCACGCACCACAGGGUGGUGCUGUCCACUCCUUCGUCCAUGGAACUGGCUGAUGUAUUAAAUGAUGACUGUACGACAUUGGA